UUUUUUGUUUACACAGAGUUGUUCCCAGAGUCAAGUAUAGUUCCAUCAAAACGGAUGAAGUUACAGUGGUUUGAUUCACAAACUUCUGAGGCUCCAAAGGACCCAUUGUUGCAGCUUGUUUCUCUCCAGAAGGCUUCAGGUUGCUGGGAAAUGGAGCCUGCACUUGCUGAAGUAUUUGAAAAGACAGAAAAAGAGCUGAUUGAGCAGAUUCCAGUACAGGUAAAACCAGACUUCUGGGCUACACUUCUGGCUCUGAUUUGGUUACAUGGCUUUAAGAUUGAUGCCCAAGUUGAGUGGCAUUUUUUGGCAUUGAAAGCAGUGGAAUGGAUUCGCACUCAAAAAGUGGACAACCAAUCAGAGUGUGUUCGAAUAGGUAACGCUGUACUGGGCUGUCAGGUUAAAGAAGACACUCUCAGGAUCUGAAGACUUUUUUCUCUUAUAGCAUAAAAAAUGCCUUGGCAUCAUUUUUCUUUUUAACAUUUUUAAAGAUACUUACUUUCAUUAGCAUGCUGCUACUGUGGAUCUAAUGUUAUACUGAUUGAUAAUCUUGAAGGGAUAAAGUAAGCAAUUAUAUCAGCCUUAGUUUUUAAUAGCAAAAACUGAAAUUAAAAUUGAUUGCUUGUA